AUGUCUCAUGAUUCUAUAUCUGCUGCCAAAAAUGUUUCAAAGGAAAACAAGAAUACAGAUCCUGCAUUUGAUCAAGUCAUUGAUGAGAUGUCAAAACAUACGUCACGUUUGUGGAAUUCAGUUGAACUGUAUAUUCAAUGCCAGCUAUUUGGCGAAAAAGCACUUCUGUGAAGAUCUCUUCUUGUGAAAAUUCGCAAUCACUUUUUGGAUGACAUUGUGAUCCUCUCCUCGCCUGGAUUGUCAAGUCUUGUGGUGUUUAGACAGAAUGCGUCGACUGUAUUACAUCUCGCUGGCGAUUCAGAAGACGACACACAAGAUCUCUUAAUCGGGAAGCUCGCAAAAAGCAUCCGUGACGAAGUACAUCAGAUAGAUCAUGAUAAGUCUCGGUAUGAUAUAAAAAUCACCAAGGAAGAUAUGUCGAUACCAGUUAGUCAAACUGUCAUGGAUCUUCUAGCAGCAUUAACUGAUAAUUUAAAGGACAUUCUCCCGGCACUUUUGAUAGCCAACAUAAUCACCGGUGUUCUAUCCAACAAACCUACGCAUCUGCAGAUAGCCCUUGGUAAUUUAAUUAGAGACUCGAAUCGAAGUCACUAAUAAAUCGGUUGUAUCCGUUCAGAGUAACCUGUUCUUAUGAUGAGAUACUACGCUUCAAGAAGUCAGCUGCCCUGGCAGCAACAAAGGAUAUCAAACUAAGCGGGAUCAACCACGGAGGUCUGGGGCUUAUACAAGCUGUUGCAGACAAUUUUGACGCUGACAUAUCGUCUCAAAAUGGUAACAUGUCAACACAUUCUCUCGCCAUGCUCAUUACUCAGCCAUCAAAUGCAUCAGAUGAUGACUUGAGCACAAGGGAAUCUAUUCAGAGAGUGAAGAAGUCGGAGAUGUCGGAAGACAUAGAUUUUGAGAUUCCGGUACAGCGUUACCAGGGGCCAAAGGUUGUUCCAAAAUGCCGAAAAAGUGCUCUAAGAAGAGUGUUCUUCCACUCAAGGUCCUAUGUAGCGCCAUUCUUUCAGAAAGAAGAGCAAAAGUACUUGACAUAGCUUUCUUGAGAGAUGUUACCAAUACUGAAGCGUGUCUGGAAUACAAUGGGUACAACACUAGGUUGACUAGGCAACAAGGAGUCUCAAUGCAGCCAAAGACAACGGCAGUUUAUCUAACUCUUAUUCACAUGACGUCAUCCGAUCCAGACACAAUCAUGACGGCCGUUCACGAGGCAAAACGGCUGUCCAAAAAACGAGGGCAGAAGAACACGAUUUUCACAAGCGACCAGCAACUAUAUAGAGUUGUAAGUGCAAUGGGCAUAUCCAAGUGA